AUGCCUUUCCCAUCAAAGAAGAGAAAGGCAGCGAACCAAACCUACAACGACAGUGACGUUGAUGUUGAUGUCCUUACAAAACGCGGCAAGGCAUCAUCUGGAGCUGCAUUCAAACCUGCCUCGGAACCUCUCUUCGACUCGGAUGGGAACCGAUACUGGGAGAUCUCAAAAGCCAGGCGUGUCACCCUAUCUGAUUUCAAGGGUAAACAAAUGGUCAAUGUCCGGGAAUAUUAUCAAAAGGAUGAUGAAUGGCUCCCCGGAAAAAAGGGAAUCUCCAUGACUGUUGAGCAAUACUCCGCCCUCAUCAAUAUCAUGCCUCAAAUCGAAAGCGCCCUGAAGCAGAAAGGUGAAACGAUCCCUCGACCCAAUUAUGGUCAGCAAGCAGCAGGUGGUGACCAGGAUGACCAAGGGGAUGACGAUGACCAAAUCGAAGACAAGAAGGCCAACAUCGAAGCGACUAGUGAUGAAGAAGAGUGA